GCGUCCGCGACCAGCCGUCCCGUUUCGAGCCAUGGCGCCGCCGCCCGAGCGCCCCCUCGCGCUCGUCCUCGCGCUCUGCCCCGCGGCGUCCGCCGACCCGCGCACGUCCGUGGCGGGGCAGGCCUGCGCGCCCGGCACGGCCGUCUCCGGCUCCGCGCUGGCCGACAACUUCGUGCCCGCCAUGGACGACCUCAACACCAACGUCAGCGCGCACGGCUUCGGCACCUCCGCCGUCGGCGGCUCGGGGGGGCCCAACACCGUCUUCGGCCUCGGCCAGUGCCUGCGCGACCUCUCCCCCGUCGACUGCAAGCUCUGCUUCGCCGAGGUGCGCUUGCUGCUCCCCAAGUGCUACCCGCGCGUCGGGGGCCGGCUCUACCUCGACGGCUGCUUCGGGAGGUACGGGAACUACUCCUUCUUCGGGGAGGCCCUCGACGCCGCCGCGGACGCCGCCGUCUGCGCGGAGGGGGGGAACUACACGGGCCCCGCCGGCCCGCGGGCGUUCGCGGCCGCCGUGCGCGCCGCGCUGGCGAACGUCACCGCGGCCGCGGCGGAGCCGGGGAGCCUGGGUUUCGGGGCCGGGUCGGCGGCGGCUGGCGGCGCCACGGCGUUCGCGCUCGCGCAGUGCUGGGAGAGCCUCAACGCCACCGCGUGCGCCCAGUGCCUCCGCGCCGCGUCCGGCGCCGUGGCGCCGUGCGCGCCGGCGGCGGAGGGCCGCGCUCUCUUUGCCGGCUGCUACCUCCGCUACUCCACGCGGCGCUUCUGGAAUGUCAACGCCACCGCGGGCUCCAGUUCGUCAGGAAACAAUGGUGUGGCUUGGAUAUUGGUGGGUUCCUUUCUUGGUGCUUUUGCUGCCGUCCUCAUUAUUGCUUUUCUGGCAUGGAAGAAAAGAACUCUCAGGAGAAAAAAUGGAUGCAACUCAUUUAUAGAUAUGUAUGGAGAUGGACUCUCCGUGAGAAUUGUACAGUCUAGUUUGAAUUUCAAAUAUGAAGAGUUAAGAAAAGCAACAAAUUAUUUUGAUCCAUCAAAUAAACUCGGUCAAGGAAGCUACGGAGCUGUGUACAAGGCGGUUCUUCUGGAUGGUAAGGAAGUAGCUGUCAAGAGACUAUUCCUAAAUACGCGGCAGUGGGUUGAUCAGUUUUUCAAUGAAGUUGAGCUAAUAAGUCAAGUUCGUCAUAAGAAUCUAGUUAAGUUGCUUGGCUGCAGCAUGAAUGGUCCAGAGAGUUUGCUUGUUUAUGAAUACUACUUCAACAAGAGCCUUGAUCUAUUCUUGUUUGAUACAAGUCGUAGAAUAAAUUUAACCUGGGAUAUCAGGGUUGAUAUCAUUCAAGGCAUUGCCGAGGGACUUUCUUAUAUCCAUGAGGAGUCAGAAACACGGAUUAUCCACCGAGACAUCAAAGCUAGUAAUAUUCUGUUGGACGAUAAGUUGAAGCCCAAAAUAACAGAUUUUGGCCUUGCAAGAGCUUUUGGAGAAGAUGUUACUCAUCUUACCACUGGUGUUGCCGGAACAUUAGGCUACAUGGCUCCUGAAUACAUAGUGCAUGGUCAUCUGACAGAGAAGGCUGAUGUCUUCAGCUAUGGUGUUCUUGUUCUCGAGAUUGUAACAGGGAAAAGAUGUAGCAGCUCAAAUGGUUCACAUGGAGGACAGGUCUUGUUAACGAAGGUAUGGAAACACUACAAGGACAAAACAAUUGAGAUGAUUGUUGAUCGAAGCAUCUAUGAAGACAAUAUCAGGGAUGAGGUCAUGCAUAUACUGCAGAUUGGACUGCUAUGCACCCAGGCAAAUCCUGAUGACAGGCCUACAAUGGGGAAGGUGGUGGAGUUGCUAAGAAACCACAGGAAUGAUUUGGUGAUUGUCUUAUGUGAUCCUCCAUUUCUGAAUGUCGAACCUGUCGAGAACAUGCAAGAAGGGGAGCAUUCACGAUUGUUGUCCACAAAUUCUGCUCCUUCACUGUCAGGCUCAUCUCGAUCUUACUUAAGUGGGAGAUAAUCUCAGCAAUGUUUUUCUUGAGUUCCUAUAAGGAACAUAUUUAAGAGUUUGUACAGUUCUGGGUGAUGUAAAGUGAUCGUAUUAGCAGGUAGAUAUUUUGAAAGAAAUCCACCAGCCUAUAUAAAUUAGAAAUAAUGCUAGAAUGGAGGGCACCACUAUAAUUGUAAUUAAUGUUUUGUCAUACAACAAAUGUACAUAAUACAAGUGAUCACAUGACUUUUGCGGUAUACAUUCAUUUGACACUCUUAGUGAAUGAAGACACAUCGAUGAAUUUUACA